AUGGUGUUGCUUGUAUUGCUGCUCUUGUUGGCAGCUUUCACAAGCGGCACAUACGCAGAAGUUCUUGUGCCACCGUAUACGAAUCUUGCUCUCGGAAGACACAUAGAAGCAUCGUCCACUUGUGGUGAACUUAAUGGUCAACCGAUAAAAGAAAUGUUUUGCCAAAUUGCUGGUUCCAAUCAAUACACUCCACUUAAUCAGUAUUCUUAUACUGCCGAAAAUGAUCUAUCGGUUUUUGCUGAGUUAAGAAUGGAGAAGCAAUCGUUCGUUCAGGGUGGUCAAAAUUGCGACUUUUGUGAAGCGAACAGCUCAUACGCUCAUCCGGCAUCGAAUAUGGUUGAUGGAAUGGCGACGUGGUGGCAGAGUCCUCCGUUGAGUAGAGGAAUGCAGUAUAAUCAAGUUAACAUCACAAUCGACUUGGGACAGGAAUUUCACGUCGCAUAUGUGUGGAUCCAAAUGGCAAAUAGUCCAAGACCAGGUUCAUGGGUAUUGGAGAGAUCUGUUGAUAAUGGUGAGACGUUCAUUCCAUGGCAGUAUUUUGCCGAAACUCCGGCUGAAUGUGAUCGAAUAAUGAUUAAUCUACUGGAAAAUCGACCAGGAAAGUUGAAUUUCAGCCAUUCUUUAGUAUUGCAAAAUUUUUCACGUGCCACCAAUGUAAGGCUACGUCUUCUACGCACAAAAACCUUUCACGGUCAUCUGAUGGAUGUGACGCGUCGAAAUGAUCCAACUGUUACUCGAAGGUACUUUUAUUCGAUCAAAGAGAUCUUCAUGGGUGGUCGAUGUGUGUGCCAUGGACAUGCCGAUACGUGCGAUAUUCUAGACGUUCGACGNUCCACGAAUACUUCUUUAUGUGAGCAUAAUACAUGCGGUGAUCAAUGCGAGAAAUGCUGUCCAGGAUUUGAGCAGAAGAAGUGGCAACGUGCGAAAGAAGGCGAAAAGUUUGUUUGUGAACCAUGUAACUGUCAUGGACACAGCGAGCAGUGUGAAUAUGACGAAGAGAUUGAUAGGAAUCAUUUGAGUUUGGAUAUUCACGGUGAAUAUGAAGGUGGCGGACGUUGUUUGCAUUGUAGGGACAAUACAGAGGGUAUAAACUGUAACAAGUGCUCUGCUGGAUAUUAUCGACCACGUGGCAAAUUCUGGAAUGAAACCGACGUUUGUCAGCGUAUGUUUUUUGUGGAUCACUUUUUUUCAUGUCAUUGCGAUCCAACCAAGCAUACGGGUAUAUGUGCAGAAGAAACUGCAAAAUGUGAGUGUAAAGCACAGUUUGUUGGUGAGAAUUGCGAUCAGUGUGCAAUGGGAUACUAUUCGCCACCUGAAUGCAAGCCUUGCGAGUGUGCAAUUAAUGGCACUGUCGGUGGUACAUGCUUGCCAAUCGAUGACCAAUGUCCGUGCAAACCCAACUACGAUGGCGUUUUCUGUCAGUCAUGUGCAGCUGGCUUUACGAAUCUGACUGCUGGUUGCGCUAAAUGUGAAUGCGAUGAAACUGGAUCGUUGAACAACAACUGUAGUGAAUCAACUGGUCAGUGUAUUUGUAAGCCAAAUUUCGGUGGCGUUUCAUGUGAUGUCUGUGCGGAUGGCUAUUUUGAUUAUCCAAAAUGUGAAUACUGUGAUUGUGAUGCGAGUGGAACAGAAGAAGGGAUCUGUAACAAAACAAAUGGAGUUUGUUUAUGUAAGCCUGGCUUUGCUGGUGACCGUUGUGAUCAGUGCGAUAGUGCAUUUUACGGUUAUCCAAACUGUAAACCGUGUGAAUGCAACACGAUUGGCUCAAAAUUAAGUGAAUGUGAUUUAAAAUCUGGUGAUUGUCCAUGUUAUGCAAACUUCACGGGUCGGCAAUGUGAUCGAUGUGCAGCUGGCUAUUACGACUAUCCAAAUUGUAAGCCAUGCUCUUGCCUUGCGAGUGGCUCCAAGGGCAUGACCUGUGAUAGUAGUGGUCAGUGCUAUUGUAAAGCAAAUUUCCAAGGUGAACGUUGUGAUCAGUGCAAAACAAACUUUUACAACUUCCCCAUCUGUGAAGAAUGCAAUUGUAAUCCAAGCGGAGUGGUCGCAUCAUUUGCUGGUUGUGAUAAAGUGGCACCAGGCGAGCUGUGUACAUGUCGUGCGAAUGUUAUCGGUCGCACUUGUGAUCAGUGCAAACCAACGUUUUGGGAUUUACAGUAUCAACAUGCAGAAGGUUGCAUCAGUUGUGGUUGUCACUUAGCUGGUACAAUCUCGAUGCUGAACGAUUGUGAUCCAAUCAAUGGACAAUGUUUCUGCAAACGACAUGUCUCGGGCCGUCGUUGUGAGCGCUGCGGAGAUGGCUUCUAUCAACUUCAGUCCUAUGAUCAACUCGGAUGUCAACCAUGUGAAUGUGAUAUUGGAGGUGCGUUGGGUGUUGGCUGUGAUAUAAACACGGGUCAAUGUCGCUGCAGACCUCGUAUAACUGGCCGCGAAUGCAACAAGCCGAUUGUAAAUCACUAUUUCCCAACUCUCUGGCAUAAUCAGUACGAAGCAGAGGACGGCAUGACGGCCGAUAAUCGAAGCGUGCGAUUUGCAAUCGAUGAGAACCAAUUCCCAAACUUCUCAUGGCGGGGUUUUGCCGUUUUUUCACCAAUUCAAGAUGAGAUCAUUAUUGACGUGAUUGUGCAUAGAGCUAGUUUGUAUCGCCUCUUGUUUCAUCACGCCAAUCCAACGCAAGUCAAUGUUGAUGCUGAAGUAUUCCUAACACCAACCUAUACUCACACACAAGAUGUGGAACAAUCCGUAAAAAUAUCAUUCGUUCCCACUGAUGCACCAUCCACAGUAGUUGUCAACACAAAACAACCGUUUGUGCUUAAUCCUGGCCGAUGGCGAAUCAGAACGAAAACGAAACAAAGACUUUUCUUGGAUUUUAUUGUGCUUCUACCGUCCGAAUACUAUGAGGGAUCCCUGCUGAAGGAACGAAUAACUGAGCCAUGUGAAGCAAAUAAUACUCAGAAUUCCACAUGCAUUGAUCUUCUCUAUCCACCAUUACCAGUUGCAUCAAGAUUUGACGUGAACGACGAUCGAACUGUCAACGAAAUUGCUGAAGACGGCUCUGAAACGAUUCUUGAAAAAGUACCAGUUGAAGUUUCACCAGCUGCUAUUGGUUCUGCUGUAUUCGUUCGUGCCGAUAACCGAAGUCGUCAAGUACAAAUGAAAUUAGAUGUGCCUGAAAAAGGUGACUACGUAGUGGUAACAGAAUAUCACAACUUGGAAAAAACCGAACAACCAGUGGAGAUUAAAAUUAAUCAAAAUAAUUCAACAAUUCUAAAUGGAAUCGUUAGCAUACACUAUUGCCCAUAUGCCACAUUUUGUCGCGAAGUUAUUUCUUCGAACGGGAGUGUCGCAGUCGUUCAACUCGAAGCUGAAACACCGGCUAUUUUGACGUUUACGGUUGAACCAACGCAAGAAUUUGGUCUCGCUGCUGUUAAUUUGAUUAAAUCUAAAGACUGGAAUAUCGAUUACCUACAUCAGGUACCAGUCUGUAUUCGCAAGAAGGGUAAAUGUGUUGAACAGUGGUAUCCACCAGCGCCGAAUUCGAUUGUUACAGAAGCUGAAUCCGGAACAAAUAGCAAGGGAGCGAUCUCUGCUGAAAAAUUGCCAUUCGUUAUCAGUAAUCCGAAAGGAGUUCAAGUAAUGGUACUUGACGAAAAUCAGGCAACAGUUGACAUAGCCGGAAUGGUUCCAGCACCUGGUCACUAUGUUUUCAUUGUGAAUUAUUUCAAUCCGGAUAACACACCAGUUGAUGCUGAAAUUUUGCUACAAAAUGAACAGUUCCAUCAAGCAUACGUACCAUUCUCGUAUUGCCCAAGUAUAUACGGUUGUCGAGCACUAAUACGGGAUAAGAAUCGGCAUGAAAUAAUUCAUUUCUGGAUGGAUGAUAAAUACACGGCUUCGUUCUAUUAUAAUAGCACCCAAAAAGGACCACUUUACAUUGAUUCCAUAACAACAGUACCUUAUCAAUCGUUCAGUGAUUCACUUAUGAAUCCGCAACCUAUUGAUCUAUCAACUGAAUAUGUUACUGAAUGUCAAAUUGGUAAUUUUAAGAACGACCCAGCAAAUGUGAGCGAUUAUUGUCGUGAAAAAGUAUUUUCGUUAACAUCUGAGUUCAAUAUGGCUGCGCUGUCAUGCGACUGUAACUCGCAAGGCAGUAAAAGUUUCUCAUGCGACGAAUAUGGUGGCCAGUGCCCUUGCAGGGCCAACGUAAUCGGUCGACGUUGCGAUCGCUGUGCUCCUGGACACUACAGUUUUCCAGAAUGUUUUAAAUGUCAUUGUGGUGACAAUCAUCUGUGCGAUGAGCGUACCGGUCAAUGCUAUUGUGCACAGCACGUUGAGGGUAAGCAGUGCGAUCGAUGUGUGCCGUAUGCGUUUGGUUAUGAUCCACUGAUUGGAUGUCAACUUUGCGGUUGUCAUCCAAAUGGUUCUGAAGGUGGUCAACUGCAAUGUGAUCCAAAUAAUGGGCAGUGCUUAUGCAAGGGAAACGUUGGGGGACGGAAAUGUGACAGAUGCCUGGCAGGUUUUUACGGUUUUUCACAUUGCUAUGAGUGUGCAUGCGAAACAAAAGGUACAACUGAUGAAAUUUGUGACGCAUCAAACGCGAUGUGCAAAUGCAAGAAGAACGUUAUCGGUGACAGUUGCGAUACAUGUCGUCCAGGCACAUUCAAUCUGCGAGCUUCAAAUCCGGAUGGUUGCUCAGAAUGCUUUUGCUUUGGUGCUACUGACCGAUGUCGUUCAUCAUAUUUACCAGUCUCUUUCGAUCAGCUAAUUUUACAGAUUGGAUUUGACGAAGAAGCAUGGAACGUCACUGAUCCAGAUGGCGAAAUCACUCAUUCGGAUGGUUCAGUACAUUACAAAUCAGCCUCAGAAAAUCCACCAAAAACUGUGUACUUUUUAGCGCCAUUGGUUGUUGGUCAAGACUAUACAAGUUCUUACGGAUUGAAAUUCUCCUUCGUAAUUUCGUCACAUCCUGAUGGGCAAGCAGGACAUAUGAGCGCGGCAGCCGAUGUUCGCUUGGUUGGUUUCAAUAUGACACUCGAUUUUUGGGCUAGUGAACAGCCUGCUGAUCCGCAAAAACCAUUCCACGUUGAUGUCAGGCUAAUCCCGGAGAAUUUUUUGAAUUCAAACGGCAACACAAUUACUCGUGCAGAUUUGAUGCUUGUUUUGUAUGACCUCAAGGAACUGCGCAUAAAAGCUUCUUACUAUGAACACUGUAGUUCUGCGACAAUUACCGAAAUCCUUCUUGAAGUAGCCAGAGAUGAUCAAAAUUCUGUUGAUACGUCAUUCACGGCCACCUCUGUUGAGUUGUGUCAAUGUCCUGCCCCUUACACCGGACCUUCGUGUCAGCAAUGCUCACCGGGAUAUUAUCGUGUCUCAUCUGGUCAGUAUUUGGGUGCUUGCGUUCCAUGUGAAUGCAACGGUCAUUCGGGCAGUUGUGAUACCGAAACGGGCGUGUGCUUCGAUUGUCAGCAUGAUACUCGUGGUGAUCAUUGUGAAUUAUGUCGCAGUGGGUUUUAUGGUGAUGCCACAACUGGCAGCCCAUAUUCUUGUUUGCCCUGUGCUUGUCCACAUCCAUCUGCCUCCAACAAUUUCGCGCUUAGCUGUCAGGUGAGUGAAACAGGUGUUUUGGAGUCGUGCACUUGCAGACCUGGUUACGCAUCUGACCGUUGCGAACGAUGUGAUAUUGGCUACUAUGGCGAGCCGUUACGCAUGGGUGGUUCAUGCGAAGAAUGCGAUUGUAAUGGUAAUAAUGAUUUGAGUGUGGAAGGAUCGUGUCAUCCACUCAGUGGUGACUGCGAUCUUUGCAUGAAUAACACCGAUGGACGACACUGUGAAUACUGUAAACAGUGGUACUACGGUGAUGCAGUCGAGGCGAAAAAUUGUACAGAGUGUGCUUGCGAUCAAUGUGGAAGUGCCUAUUGCGAUAAUGUGUCCGGGAAAUGUGUCUGUCAGCCGCUUGUUGAUGGUGAUAAUUGUGAUCGAUGCGUGGCAGACGCUUGGGGAUUUUCACGUUGUCAGGGAUGUCAAAUGUGUAACUGUGCCCCAGCAUCGUCGAGUCCUCAAUGCCAUGAGGAAACUGGCCAAUGCGCUUGCAUGCCAGGUGCUACAGGAUUACAUUGUGAAGCGUGUGAAUACGGCUACUGGAAUUAUGGACCGUUUGGAUGCAAAAAGUGUGACUGUGAAGCGGAUUUAUCGUUGGGUACAGUGUGUGAUGUAAAUACCGGACAGUGUCAUUGCCAGGAAGGUGCAACCGGUCCGCGUUGUGACCAAUGUUUAGCGGAAUAUUUACGCAUUCCUACGUAUGGAUGCCGAUACUUGUUGCAUUCUUCAAUCACUAAUGUUAACACAACUAUUGGUAAUGUUUCGACAACAGCAUUGACAGGCGCACGUCUCAAGCGUAUCGAAACGGAUAUGAAAUCGCUUCGGGAAUCGGCUGAACAUGCGAUUGGUUCAACGACAGAUAUUGGAAUCGAAAAUCUGAGUGGCGAUGUUGGCGCAAAAAAAACAGCAACCAAUGCGGUAGUGAUACGAGCGAAUCGCUCAAUGGACUCUCUUGAUACGCUUUGUUCAAAGUUAAAUUCUAUCAUGGAUCGAACUACUAAGGCUGCAUCCGAUGUGCUAGAUCGUGUUGAGGUAUCGCAUUGGGUGGUGGACUCGUUGAAGAGUUUAAGUAAUGCGCUCAUGAAAGGAUCAAAUGAACUGGAUCGACAACAUCGAAUAAAUGAAGCACAGAUAUUACUUGAUAAAAUUCGAAACAUAUCUCAAAGCCUCGAUUCGGUAAGUGUAAUCGAAGAAGCGCUCUCGAAUGCAACGCAAACCCUAAAUCGAUUGGAUGAACAAAGAAAUCGAACAAAAAUUCAGCUGGACAAAUAUGCAAGUUCGGAAAAGAAGGCACAACAAUUAAUGCAGUAUGCUGUUGAUUACGGUGUUCAUCUGCAGAACGUUUCGACCAUAGUUCAAUCUAUUCUUAGACGCCUGAAUGACACCUCAUUGUUUGGUGUGAAAGCCGUUAUUGAUGGCAUUGAAAAGGAUGACCAAACAAUUGCAAAAGCAAUCGAUCAAGUUGAACAACUCAACAAAGCUACUCAGCAGUAUAAUAAUGACGUGAAAACGUUGAGAAAGGAACUUACAAAUAUCAUCAAUGAAUUGAAUUACACGAUGACCAUAUUCGAGGAACAAAUCACUGAGAGAAAACGUAUCAAACGAAAUACGAUUGAUAAGACAGCCUACACAAAUCACGUCCAUAAGCUGGAGACAGAAGCGACUCGUCUCUCUGGGAUGUUCGGUGCAACACGACUUCAGGCUGAAGGUGCCGUCGAGGCCGCAAAUACGUAUAAAGAAUUAUUGAAAACGAUCAGUGUGGCACGUGAACUGGCUCAAAAUGCAUCCGUUGAUGCUAAAGAAGCUAAAGAGUUUAUUGCAGGACAAGCAAUAAAAGCAAAAUCAAUGAAUGAGGAGUCUGGAAAUCUACUUCGAAUGGCAAGUGAUGCACGUAAGAAAACCGUUAAUGAGAUUGGUGUAAAGCAGUCAAAGUUGGGAGAGAAGCUAAAUGAACUAGGUGAACAUAUUGACGAUCAGAAGGGACGUAUCGACGCGCUUAAAGGGAUGUUCGAUGAUAGAGAAGUGGUGGAAAAAGCAAAUCAAUCAGAGAAGAUGUCAACCGAGGCGAAAGAGCGAAUCGACAAAGUUACAUCAUCAGUUGAUCUCAUUCAACCAGAAUUACUCGACUUUGUCAAUAAAUCGAACGAUUUCAUUGGAAUUGCAACCACUUCAAUGGAUGAUUUGGGAACAGCCAGAAGUCAAAUCAUUCAGGUGGCUAAUUUAUCAGCACCAACGGUCAGUGAGCUCGAGAAGUUGCAAAAUGCUGCACGUAACACUUCGGACGUUAUUCGAAAGUGCCGUGAGAAACUUGACGCUUUGAAAGAGAAAAUCUCAUUAGCCAGAGAUGUAGCAAAUCGAAUAAAACUUGGUGUUCACUUCGAAAAAGAUAGUAGUCUUGAACUACCAUUACCAAAACGUGUCACACGAUCGGCUGCUUAUACAAGUGUUGAAUUAUUCUUCAGGACAACACUUCGAAACAGUUUGCUGUUGUUCUUUGGCAAUGAACAAGGUGUGGCUGGUACUCGGGUUGUUCCAACUGAUGACUACAUUGCGAUUGAACUGGUUGAUGGGCAUCCACGUUUGAUAGUUGAUCUCGGCGUAACACCACUCAUCAUUACAUCGACUGUGGAUGCGGCUGAUGGACAUUGGCGGAAGAUAUUCGUGGAACGAUUCGGUAAGACUGCUACGCUGAAAGUGUCGGCACCAAAUUCGGCAAACUAUGAUGAUGAAAAAAGCGACACAAUCGAUGGCCCCAAAUCAGUGCUGAAUCUGAAUCAGAAAAUGAGUCGUCUCUUUGUUGGUGGUGUUCCACGCAAUGUGAACAUUUCGAGUGAUGUACAAAAUCGUUUCUUCAUUGGUGACAUAGAGGAUGUCCGAAUUCUCAGUGAGUCAAUGGGUUUAUGGAAUGCAAAAAGCGGUGGAAGUGUGAAUGUGCAAGGCGCUGAACGUCGACCGUUAACAUCGUCGAUGGCAACUGAUGAAUUGGCACUUAGUUUCAAUGGUGAUGGCUAUGUAGCACAGAAUCUAGGCGCUUGGAAUCCACGCAGGGAAACAGUAUUCUCGCUCAACUUCGAAACAUAUUCUCCAGAUGGUUUAUUACUUUACGUUGGUAAAGAUCGCGACUUUAUGUCAGUUGAGUUGCAAGAUGGUGCUGUUAAAUUGUCGUUUGAUUUUGGUUCUGGAGUGGGUAAAUUGGUGAGUACAUCGAAUCGUUAUAAUGAUGGUAAAUCACACUCUAUGUAUGUGCAUCGUGUCGAACGUCACGCAAAACUGCAAGUUGAUAAUGAUGAUAUAACGGAGGGUGAAUCACCUGGUACAAUGUUUGAACUGAGUGUCACGGACGUCUUCUAUGUCGGUGGAAUCCCUGCUAAUGUUUCUGCUCGAUCUGCUGCUGUUCCACUACGAGGAUGUGUGGAAAGAGUGAAACUUGAAAACGAUUUGAUAGAUUUGAGUAAAGCGAUUGCUGCAAAAGGUAUACAGCCCGGAUGUCCAAGUCGAAGAGUUCGUAUCGUUUCACUUCUCUCUGAACGUUCGUCUGUGAUCAUGCCGAAUGCUUCAAUCAGCAGUGAUAUCAGUUUGACGUUACGUUUCAAAACAAAUAAACCGACUGCUCUUCUUAUUUCGAUUGAUUCCCAGGAUCAGGAGCAUAUAAUGCAAGUACGUCUUGACAACGGCUUUGUGGUCGUUGAUUUAGAUGACGGUGAGGAAUCAGUACGAACCGAACUGGGCUCCGCUUCUGAUGGACAAUGGCAUUUUGUUGCAGUACACAAGACACCGCAGCAAAUACAUGUUGAUCUGGAUGACUUGUACACGGAUAGCGCCGACUUGUCAGCCAACUCUGAUAAGUCUUCAACCACACAGUCUGGAAUGAUUCGUUUCGGCAAUAUACCCGGAUCGGAUCUCAGUUUUGAAGGCUGCAUUGGCGAUGUCACUUACAAUGGCAAAUUACUGGAUUUUGCUGAUUCAGUGAACAAGGAAGUGGAAUUGACUGGAUGUUCAUUGUUAGAUCAUAUCGAUGCGGCGGCAACAUUUGCACCUCCGUUGAGCACAACAACCACCAAACCAAGAAGUCUUCCACUUGAGGUCGUGCAACAGGUUGCUGGUCAGACUGCAGCUGUCAACGAGGAACAACCCGCGGAAAUACAACCGGAGAGUUCAAGCGUUAAGACGCACAGGCCACGAGCGAUCAAUGAGUGCACGCUUUUGAAACGGCCAUACGGUGAGCGUGAAGAUUCCACAGGAACGCGCUUUGGUCUUUCACAAUCGUCACGUCUUGAAUUCGAUAAACCACCUGGAUCGUUCGACAAGAACAGCGUUUUCUCAGUGCAGUUACGCGCCACCGCUUCUAAUGGCAUUAUUAUGUUUACAACCAACGAUAAACAUACCGAUCAUUUGGCCGUUUAUCUCGUCAACGGCAUUGUUCAUUUCGCUUAUAAUUCCGGUUCAGGACAGGCUAUCUUGAAAUCGAAUAGAAGCAUUUUGGACGAUGAAUGGCACAGUGUACGUGCGGAACGAGAGGGUAUCGCGGGCACGUUGUAUAUCGACGAUGUUAUGGAGGCGAACGGGCAAUCGCCUGUCGGUACGGAUGCGAUUGAUACGCAACCUCCGAUUUACAUCGGUGGUGUACCCAGUGCGCUUAUUCCAUUCGCUACAAUAAUAUUGCCGGGCACCAAGUCGGUGUUCGGAGGCUGCCUGCGUGACUUCAAGCUGAAUGACAAAAAGUUCGACGUUCCAGCUUUAGAAGUGGGCACAGUUCCGUGCAGUCAGUACACCGAAGAUGGACUGUAUUUCGGUCGUGAAGGUGGUUAUGUAACGCUCAGUAAGGAUCUCAAGGUAGGAUCAUCGUUUAUUGUCGAGUUGGAGGUACGUCCUCGAACCAAGACAGGGGUACUGCUAUCGAUUGGCGUACUUGAGUUCUUAACAGUUCAGUUUUUGAAUGGUUCCAUCAAAUUCACUGUUGAUAAUGGUGGGGGUGCCGAAACGAUUUCAUUCGUUCCUCCAACAGAAAAUGCACUUUGCGAUGGACAUUGGCAUCACAUUAAGCUUUACAAGACAAAGAAUUUGAUGACUCUAACUGUUGAUGGCAAGAGUAAAUUGCAUAUCAUGAAGAAAGGUAAAAAGACCGACACGAAUACCAAAGAUCCACUUUAUCUUGGUGGUGUACCGAAAGGGAUCAAACCAAGAGGAUUGGAUACAACCGAUAGUUUCAUCGGUUGCGUACGUGUGAUUAAUAUGGGAAAGAAGCCGAGAAAACGCAAGAAUGUGGAUAUCUCUCAAAUUGCUGCCUUCGGUGAUGUGCAGAGAAAUUCAUGCCCUGUCAAUUAG